UUGAACGCCUGGGCGGCUAACUUCUAGUGGCGUCCAAUGACCGCCCUUUGAAAGCUGAUUAGAUUGUGUGGUUCGUUCCGCGGUGAUCCGUUGCAACCUGGCCCCUGCGCCAGGGAAAUGCAAAGAAAGUUGCCCGUUAUCAAGAGCAAUUGUGCUCCGCGCGCCCUUUAUCAAGCCCCGUCUCCGUGUUCAAAUAGUUAGUGUCUAUCUACAUAUAGUUGGCCGGGGUAGAGUGAAGAGAUGUUUGUCCAAUUAUCUCGUUCCGGUGGACCUCGUCGAGCUGUCGCUGCUGCUGCAAGCGGACUCUGAUGGAGAUUGCUUAAGUGGUACAGAUUACUGCCCGGCGCGCGGUUCCGAGAUCAUCGUCAAUUGACGAACCCCAACCUGACUGCGAACAGUAGUUGUGAUUUGAGCGUGGUUAAGGGCGGAUUUGUAGCGUUGAGUUGAGAGAGAUUUCCAGAAUCAUGAAACCUUCGAUGGAUCGAUACGUCUCAACGAUAUCGUUGUAUCGGGAAGACAGUGAUUCUUCACCGGAAGGAUCGGCCACCAGGAGCUCCUCGAAAAGUCGUUCCUACAAGCGGUUAAGCCAGCUGCUGAACACCUUCCUGGAGGACAAAAUGGUGGAGCUUGGUCGCCAAGUCCGGCAAGUUAAGGCGGGUCAUCGAUGCACCCUGAAGGGUCUCCUGAGGUUCGUCCCGGGCAUGCGAAAGUCUUCGAAAGCCAAAGGAUACGAUCACCUGAUAACGGACGAGGAGCGAAGGUAUGCGAUCGUCAGGGGAGAAAGUGGCUGGAUGACUAUUCCGCAAGGAAUACCGAACUGUCCGCCCGGCUUGGAGUACCUUACGUCCAUUGACCAGCUGCUGGUGCAUCAGAAGGUCGAGCUGCUGGAGGCGUUCACCGGGUUCGAGACCGCAAACAAGUACACCGUGAAGAACACCCUCGGCCAGAAGGUGUACUGGGCGGUCGAGGACACGGACUGUUGCACCCGGAACUGCUGCGGCCCGGCUCGGCCGUUCGACAUGAAGGUGCUGGACUUUUACCAGAACGAGGUGCUGCACUUUAACCGUCCGUUGCGUUGCCAGUCGUGCUGCUUCCCGUGCUGUCUGCAGGAGCUGGAGGUUUCGGCCCCGCCCGGAAACGUCAUCGGUACGGUCGAGCAGAACUGGUCCAUUUUUACGCCCCAGUUCAGCAUCAAGGACACCAGCGGAAACACGGUGCUCCGGAUCGAGGGACCGUUCUGUACGUUCAGCAUCUGUGGUGACGUGGAGUUCAAGGUCGUCACCACCAACGGCGAUCAGGUGGGCAAAAUCUCCAAGCAAUGGUCUGGCAUUGCGCGGGAGAUGUUUACCGACGCAGACCACUUUGGCAUUAACUUCCCAAUGGACUUGGACGUAAGGGUGAAGGCCACACUGCUGGGAGCAUUGUUCCUCAUCGACUACAUGUUCUUCGAAAAGAAGGGCAACGCUGAACAAGAUCGACCAGGAAUGUUAUAAAUUACAACAUUGACCGAAAACAUUUCCGGUGAAAAUACCUCGAACAGAUGGAUGAUGAUUUUCAAAUCGAUAAUUUUUUAAUUGGUUAUUAGCUUCGGUUCUAAAAUCGAUAUCUGUAUUCUCUAAAGGUAAAUGCAUUUAAGUAGUGCAUCACGAAGUCGUCAUCCAACUGAACCUAGUAAUUAGGUUUUUUUUUGAUAAACUGAGAGCACAAUUCAAAUUUGACUCAAACUACUUUUGACUGUUGGCAAACCAACGCAUUUUUUGAAAGUUUUAUUUUAAUUCGUUCGUUACUUUUAGCAGAGCUUUGUUGUUUGUUAUGUUGCUUGAAUGCAUUGAAAUAGAAGGAAAGAAACCAACGAGUGCCAGAAACGCAAAGCGAAAGGACCUGAAUGAAGCGGCUUAAAAAAGUAUAUUUAAAAGAAAGAAGAAAAAAAGCAAACAGUUCGCGACGUAUAUAUUUUACGUAAUGAAAAUCGUAUUCAUCAACAAGUGGCAUCGAAGUGUAGCACAAAAUUCAAUCUCAAAUACACUACUCCACAACAUGCAAACGGCUGUUACCGAAACAUGCACAACGUGAAUUACCAGUGUGUUGUAAUUGCAUAAAACACUACAAUUUACAAUUUAUAUAAUAACCUUAUAAAUAUGUUAUAAAAUCAGCUUGGUGCGAGAAUGCAAUCGAUUUCGGAUGCGCAAAUGUUUACCCUUAUUGUACGAGUUUUGCUACACACUACUCUUAACUUCCAUUUACUCGUAGCUAAAAUAUUUUUCACACUCUAAUCUCUACCCUUGUUGUUCAUGAAAAAAUCAUAAAAGUAUAAAUGGAAUCAAUAAAUCUGUACCACAAAGCAUACAA